CCCCUCCUGAACAGCCUGUAAUAGAUGGGGGUCCUGUCAUUCCUCUGGAGCUUGGGGUACCCACCAACAUCACCUGUAGGGCAAAUGGAGGAAAACCUGCCCCUCAGGUGCUAUGGUACAAAGAAGGUUCAGGAAGGAUCACUAAUAAUACCUACACUAUUGGUACACCUAACAAGGUGACGAAGGUCACUGAUGUCAUCGGUAUUGUGACCCUAAAGGCAACUAAUGAGGAUCACGAGAAGAAAAUUGAGUGUCAUGCCAAAAAUGAGGCUUUGCGGCAGCCCCUCAUCUCGUCUGUGACAUUGAAUGUGCAAUAUAAACCAAAAAUUAACAUCAGCCAUAAUGUAACCCGUCCUCUUAAAGAGAACGACUACGUUCGAUUCUCAUGUGAUGGUGAUGCCAACCCAAGAGAGGUCCAGUGGAGGUGGAUGAGAGAUGGUCGACUGAUCAGAGGACAGACCAGGCGUAACCUAGAUAUACCACAUAUAUCCAGCGAGUACCAUCAAAGCACCAUCUCAUGUGAGGCCACCAACUCCAUUGGCAGUAGUACAGCAAAGAUGAAGCUGGAUAUACUUUAUGAACCAAAAUUUAUUGGGGUCAACCAGUACAUUCCUGUAGAUCUUAAAAAGUCAGUGACCUUGACCUGUAAUGCCACUGGUAACCCCCAGCCUGAGAUCCGAUGGCGAAGGUCAGACAGCCAAAUCCCCCUUAGUGAAACCACGACUUUAACUGUAUCUAACAUCGGGAAGGAAGACCUUGGCAUGUAUAUCUGUGAGGCCAGCGCCCUCUAUGGAGCUUUCAGUACCAAGAAAAUAGAUGUUUAUCUUCUGCUCAAAGGUCCACCUGAAAUCAAGAGUAAAUCCACACAGUAUGCGGAACCAGACCUGGAUGGAAAAGUGUCCUGUUUGGUCCGCUCAGUCCCUUACCCAGACCAGAUCCUGUGGAUCAGGGGGGAUAAAAUAAUUGACUACGCUCAAUCUGGGAGGUACUCUGUCACUCAGACACAGAUGGCAGAUGGGGUGGAAAAUAUCCUCCACAUUACUCACCUGACCCCCAGCGACUUUGGGGACUACAUAUGUACUGCUUUUAAUGGUUAUGGAAAUGAUACUAUGAAAAUCACAUUAGCUGAGACAGAGAGUUUACAUUUGAGUUACAUCAUAGGAGCUGUUUGUGGUGGUGUGGCCGUUCUGCUAUUUAUCGCCGGGGUCUGCAUUCUGUAUCACAGAUGCAAAUCUUCCGACAAUGAAUCUUAUGCAGAGACAGACAGCCACACAGAAUUUAAAAAACGAGAAAAAUCUGAUUCCCCCUCAGAUUUCACAAAAUCCACAUUGAUGGAUGAAUGGCGGCAAAAUCUGAAUUAUCAUUGUCCAACAGAUUAUGAUGAUAUCAACAACAUAAAUAAUGUUUAUAAUGAUCCUAGAAUAAAUUCCAGUGGAUAUGGAACAUUAAAAUCAGACCAGAUAAUUAAUGGCUAUGAAAAUCACAAUGGCCAUCUGUUUAGUGACUACACCCAUAGGAGUGAUGAAUCUUUUCCUGUCGAGAAUGUGAAUGGUUACAAUUCAAAUAACUACGGGACCAGCACAUUCAGAAGUGGAUCUCGGACGGACUUUAUGAAACCGGACUACAGUAGUGAUCCAUACAGACUACCACCUGCUAAUCUGUCUACCACACAACUAGCCACAAAUGUCUGAGAUAGACAAACAAAAUAUCAAGUGACAUUUACAGGCUGUGCACCAUGCACGCAAUGGAAUCACAAUUCAUCUACCAUAUUUAAAUUGGGCCACCAGGCUGAAGACAAACAAUGCAAUUCCUUCAUCUGCUUUUCCAUUUAUACCAAGGAGAAAAGAUAGACUUCUGUUUUAUAUUUGUGAAAUGAAUGAGUGUACAGGUAUACCUGUUUGAAAUUUUUUUUUCACAUUUUCAACGUAUGGUGUUGUUAGUCGUUGAAAUAUUCUCCAAAUAAGCAGACUGAAUUCCAUGCAAAUGGUUGCUUAUGGAUGAAGAAGACGAAGGACUUGGUUAAUAGUGCAAUUUUGAUGUGUGUUGAGAAUACUCAAGAUGCUAUGAUUUUGUGAUGCUAUGACUGACAAUGCAGUGCAUUUAAAAUGCAGUCGCUGACAACAUCACACAAACUCUAGGGCAGACAGAGAGCUGACUGGUUCAGGUCAUGAGAAGUUUGAUGAUUCUGGUUGUGUGUCAAAUGAUUUUAUUUCCCCCCGGAAGUAAUGUAGUGCUGAUUUGUAUGUUUAUCUGUUUAACUGAAUUUUUUUUUAUUUGUCUUACUGGUCCUGUACAAUUCGAAGACGUCAGACAGCACAAAAAAUUUGCUUAGCAAUUUCUUCAUUAUUGAAGUACAUAUGUAAUCAUUUGAUACAUUUCAACAGAUUUGGGAGGAGAAUUCUGGUUUCUGUGGCCCAUUGUAUUUUGAUCUCUUAAUCUACCAAGUACCAGCACAGUAAGAAAUGCUGUAAAACUACACACAAUAAAUUAUAGUUGUAGACCUUGUUAAACAUUCCAGAUAUUUCUACAGUGCUGUAGUAUCCUUUUGUAGCUUGCACAUAUUUAUAUUUUUCAUCACCCCCACCUUCAUUUCGUCAUCUGGAAACAAUAUGGAAGUUAUUCUCCGAGUUAUAAUAUUGUACAUUCUCUGAACAUUUUAUCUGCUUUCAUCAGACACUGCGGAAAUCAUAGACUUAUAUACAGGAGUUGUCUGUGUUCCUGUAUACUUGGCUUUUCACUGCUAGGACUCGAUCUAUGCAGAUAUUACCACUAUAGGACACAAAAACUUCCGGUGAUUGUGAAUGUGUUGAGAGAAAAUUGGAAAAAUAACUCAAAAUUCUAGUCAAUUAUUUCAGCAAUGGCAAAUAUGAAUUCUUACAUUGAGUGUAGGUUUAUGUUACUAAUAUAAAAGUCAUAUGUAUACCUGCAGAUAUUAUGUGUGGCUAUUUAAUCUUACAUUUGUUACAGUCCAAAGCAGUGUGCAAUUUCAUUGUUAUUUACUUCUUUCUCUAUAUGGUAUUACUAACAGGUGUUCAUCUAUACGAUUUUAGUCCCAGUUUGUUUUAAUCUUAUUUGUUUCAGUAUGUUUUAUUGUCUGGAGAGAAAGAAAAAAGAGAGAGAGAUUAAUUAGAGAGCUAAAGUCUAAUGUAUAAUUUUAUGUCACUGUGAAGACAUUUUUUUUUUAAACAGAAGAGGUCACAAAUUUUCUGUCUACUAUUUCAUGUGUGAGAGGUAUUGUAUAUUUCCUUGCUGAUAAGCUGUUUUAGAAUGAUUUAUUUAAAUGAGUGAUAUUUACACAUGUCUAGUAUGUCUUUUGAAUCAUGAAAUCAAAUGAGAGUGUACAAGAUUGGAAUAAAUUCUAAUCUAAAAGAAUAAAA